UUCGUCGAGAAUGGUAACUAAAUUCUUGCACCUCCAGUCGUGACCGACGUGCAGACACCGACACUGAACGGGAUCAGAUGUCCAGCGUUCGCUGCCGCUGAUCGCUGACAAAGCAAGAAGCGUCCCGCCGUUCACAUGGUCAACCUGAGCGCACGGAAAGAAUAUGCCAACAUAGUGUCCUACUGAUUCUAUGGUCCAUAACUAGCCUUGAUCACUAGCAAACUAGCCCUGCCGAGAAGAAAAUUAGCCGGGGAGGGCGCUGCAGGCUUGCUCCACACGGCACUACUCUGCCUCGUGCUAUGCGCUUAGUCGAGCUGGUCGAUGUCGGCGUCACGGCCCCAACGGUUACCCCACCAGUGGCCAUCGUGGUGGCAAACGUCGCAGAGAUUGUUGCGGACGCGGCAGCCGCGACGGACAGGGCCACGCGUGCACUUGAGGGGGCCGACGCCGCCGUGGCCCCACUUGAACAUCUGCACACCAUCGCGGUUGCAGCCGACGUAGACGCCGUCGUGGAUGCCGAUGUGGGUGCCAGGGCGGCAGCGGGGGAUGUUGACAUACCCGCCGUGGGCGAGGUAGGAGAGGACCUUGCCCUUGCCGAGGAGGAGGGCGGUGCCAACCUUGAGCUUGAGGCCAAGGAGACCGAGGCCAAGGAGGAAGAAGCGCUCGUCGUGCUUCUCAGGGUUGGCCUCGCGGACAGCGAGGGCGGCAGCAUCGGCGUCGGCGUCGGGGCUGGCGUCGGCGUCACGCGCCUCGACGAUCUCGUCACGCCUCCACCAGCCGUUGUGGCCCCAGCCCCAGCCAGAGUGGUGGCAGUUGUUGCAGUAGCCGCCGCGGUCGACCUUCCAGCCGUGGCGGACGGGACCCUUGAUGCAACGGAGUGGGCAGACACCGCGGCCGGGGAAGUAGAACAUCUGGACACCGCGGGGGUUGCAGCCGGCGUAGCGGCCGUGGCGGAUGCCAAUAUAGGUGCCGCGGCGACAGCCCUUGAUGUUGAUGUAGCCGCCGUGGGCGACGUUGCAUCGCCAGCGGCCUGGGCCGAAGAAGAUGGCCUUGCCGAUCCUGAUCUUGAGGCCGAGCAAGCCAAGGAACUUGAGGAAGAAGCGCUCCUCGUGCUGCUCGCCGCGUGCGACUUCGUAGCGGCCCUCGGCCUCGCGCUCCGCGAGCUCGAGCUCCUCGGCCACACUGCGCUUCUGCGACCACCCCUCGCUGUCCUUGCAUCCCUCGCACAGCCCCGUGCCCUCGUUGUACGUGUAUCCCUCGGCGGGGUCGCCGGCGCUCAGGACGAUGGGCGCAACGGUGCCGUCCGGGAACUGGAAGAGUUGGAUGCCGUCGUCGUCCUUGCCGACGUACUUGGCACCGUCGAGGCCGACGGACGCGCCGACAUCCUCGCCGAUCUUGAUGUCGCCAAAGUCGGCGUUACCACCGGUCUCGGACCCGUCGUUGCCGCCAAUGCUGCCGGCCAGGUCGCGGAGCGAGAUCUCGCGCCUCGCGUGGCCGCUCGAGUCUUCGCACCCCUCGCAGAGGUUGUUGUUGACGGGGAUGUCCUUGGUCUCGCCCGGAGUGUACGUGAGCGGGGCCACGGCGCCGUCCGCGAACUGGAAGAGCUGGAUGCCCUGCUCGUCCUUGCCGACAUACACCGACUUGCCGUCGACACCGAGGUCCUGGCCCAGACGGAGGUUGUCGAUCGUGACGUAGCCCGUGUCCGACUUUCCGUCGGGGGCGGCGAGGAGGCCACCAAGGCCGACGUUGCGGGCCUGGAACUCGGUGGCGGGGGCGACGGCAACAGCCGCCGCCGAAGCAGUCGCGGCGGAAAGGAGCGCUGCGGCGAGCAUUGUAGUUGAAAGUAGCGGUGGGGAAAUGAGCGAACUUGAUGAAUGGG